AUGGCCGACCAACGCAAAUCUGUCCGUGAAAUAAUGACGCAGAGCAUAGGUUUCUGUCCGAAAGAUGCCCUAGGCUGGCUCUAUGCCGCACGAGGCUACUACAAAACCCGCGACUACCACUCCGUCAUUGAAUGCGUCACGCCAGCCCUCCGCAACGACAGGACAAAACGAGAAGCACAACAUCUCCUUGCUUUUAGCUUUCUGAAUACGGGGCAGCUGGAAGCCGCUGCUGGAGCAUUCUUCAAAAGCAUCAAUAAUGGAAAUGACACGGAUUGGCAGCCGUUGGUUGAGCUGCUGAUGGACAACGCUGGUCUGAAAUUGACGUGA